UCGAUACUUUGAAGUUCUUGCAGUCGUCAGAGGGAGUUGAUGAAUGGAUGGUUCGGUCUUGGUCAAGGUCCGGUCUUGAGACUGCUGCUGUGAGAGGGAGCACGACGUCCAGCUGGGGAAGCGCUUAAUUGGCAUUCCGGCGUCAAAUCGAACAGAGGGUGAGGUCGAACAAGCCAGAGUCCAAGGAAUACGACGCCAAGAUGGUGCAGGUUUUCAGUGUUCCUGCAUUCUUCAUCCUCUUUCGAGAAACGCUUGAAGCGUCCAUCAUCUUGUCAGUAAUGCUCUCAUUGCUGACCAAGAUUGUGGAGGACAGGACCUUGAGGUGGAAAAUGCAGAAGCAGGUCUGGGCUGGAGUUGCUGCGGGAGUUGCUCUGUCUUUGGUGGCUGCGGCUGUCUUUCUGUCACUUUAUUAUACGGUGGCGAAGGAUGCCUGGGAUAAUUCUGAGCCCUUGUGGGAGGGAAUUCUGGGCACGAUAGCCGUGGUACUCAUCACUCUUAUGGCAUUUUCCAUGAUUAGAAUUGACACAUGGAGAGCCAAGUGGGAGAAGAAGCUUACCAAGGUUACGGUAGAUACUGUGGAAAAGCAGGCCAGAGGUGAGUUGCAGAGCAAAAGAAGCAAGUAUGCACUCUUCCUGAUUCCCUUCACAGUUGUCAUUCGUGAAGGUGUGGAGGCAGUCAUCUUCUUGGGAGGCAUUGGCCUUGAAGGUUCGGCCACGGCUUAUCCUCUUGCUGCUGUUGCUGGUGCGUGUUGUGGGGUCCUUGUGGGCUAUUUCCUCUACAAGGGAGGGAAUCACGUGGCAUUUAAGUGGUUCUUGGGUGCUUCGACACUGCUUCUUCUGGUGAUUGCGGCUGGACUUUUCUCUGGUUCGGUGCACGAGUUUGAAGAAUACACCAAAAAGGAGGAUUUUGUGUGGAAGCUGCAUUGCUGUCACCAAGGCGACGAUGGCAUCUGGAAGUUGCUCAAUGCUGUUGUCGGCUGGAGGGACGAGGCCACCGUCGGAACUCUGAGUUCGUACUUCGCGUACUGGGCCUUCGUCAUUGUGGUUUUCCUCCUGCUCCGUGUGAAGUGGAGACGAGAUGCCAAGAGGGAUGCUAUCCGUGAUCGUGCAGCUCUCAGCAAGGAUAGUGCUAUAUCUGAAGCUUAACUUAGCUUCGUAAUUUGUUCAAGUCCCAGGCUGAACAAGCUUACUUCAUUGUCUUGUGGUAGGGUGUUGCCAUCUUGAACCUAAGACAGUACUGAGUAGGAUAUCUCCCUUCUUCAAACAAAUUGUCAAUUGUACAGAAGCCUUUUCAGCAAGCUGAUAGCGCUCACAGAACCUUACACAUGUAAUACUUACAGGGGCGUGUCAAUCUGAUGUAGAGAAAUAUGUAGACAGUUGAUGACGACUAACACAAUCUUCGCUGUGCUAGCUCUGUUUACCGCAUGGAUAUUUCGUUCGGCUCGCUCAGCAUAUUUCGUUCUUUUAAAGAUUGAAGCUUGGAGUCUCUUUCCGAGAGCGUCCGUAAAGGUCAUAGACUCACCGUAUUUUCCUGAACAUCAUUCAAGAAGCCUUUGCUUCAGCAAAGGCGAUAGUUGCGACUAGCGUGCCCAUGCACUCUUGUGUGAGGACACGAAAUCUGAUACUAUACAGAGUACUCUAUCACUUAUGAGCGAUUAUGUACUCUUCCUUUCCGUUACAACAAAGUUCGUUUUCUCGAGUAUGCCUUGAGGCCGUACCUGCACAACCUAUCUCCAUGAGAUUUGCUCUUGGAGCGUUACACGCAGAGAUAGGAUACACAUCGAUAAAACAAGAAAAAGUAGAGAGACGGAUUUUUCUUCCGAAUGUUCAAACUCAGUGUAGAAGAAGAAAUGGAAAGGUACAACAAGUGAUAAUAUCCAAGCUGA